CUGAAUUUCUAAGUACAAGAAAUUGCUUAGACAAUUGACUUAGUAUCUGUGUAUGGGCAAUACUCUGUCCUGCAUUAGGCAGCAUGUCAGCUGAAACACCAAUCACACUGAAUAUUGAUCCUCAGGAUCUGCAGGUCCAAACAUUUACUGUAGAGAAGCUACUGGAGCCGCUCAUAAUCCAGGUUACUACACUUGUCAAUUGUCCCCAGAAUCCUUCCAACAGGAAAAAAGGACGUUCAAAAAGAGCCAGAGUCCUUCUAGCUUCUGUGGAGGAAGCAACUUGGAAUUUAUUAGACAAGGGAGAGAAGAUUGCCCAGGAAGCUACAGUUUUAAAAGAAGAACUUGCUUCUGCACUUGAGGAAGUGCGCAAAGAAAGUGAAGCUCUGAAAGUAUCAGCUGAGAGAUUUGCAGAUGAUCCCUGUUAUCUUCCCAAAAGGGAAGCUGUGGUUCAAGCUGCCCGUGCCUUGUUGGCUGCAGUUACCAGACUCCUUAUCCUCGCAGAUAUGAUAGAUGUCAUGUGUCUCUUGCAGCACGUGUCAGCUUUUCAAAGAACAUUUGAAUCUCUUAAAAAUGUUUCCAAUAAAUCUGAUCUCCAGAAAACCUACCAGAAACUUGGAAAGGAGCUGGAAAAUCUGGAUUAUUUAGCCUUCAAACGUCAGCAGGACUUAAAAUCUCCAAAUCAGAGGGAUGAAAUCGCAGGGGCCCGGGCCUCACUGAAGCAGAACUCCCCCCUCUUACAUUCAAUUUGUUCAGCUUGUUUGGAACAUUCUGAUGUUGCUUCCCUCAAAGCCAGCAAGGACACAGUUUGUGAAGAAAUUCACAAUGCCCUCAAUGUAAUUUCAAAUGCUUCACAAGGCAUCCAGAAUAUGAUUGCCCCACCAGAAUCUAAGGCAGCAACCCUGGGAAGUGCCCUUGAUGAGCUUGAGAAUUUAAUUGUCUUGGAUCCGCUCACAGUGACUGAGGAAGAAAUUAGACCAUCACUAGAGAAGCGUCUUGAAGCUAUUAUCAGUGGGGCUGCACUAUUGGCUGACUCUUCAUGCACAAGAGAUUUCCAUCGGGAACGGAUUAUUGCAGAAUGCAAUGCCAUUCGCCAGGCUCUCCAGGAUCUGCUUUCAGAGUACAUGAACAAUGCUGGAAAAAAGGAAAGGAGUAAUACCCUGAAUAUUGCAAUAGACAACAUGUGCAAGAAGACAAGAGACCUACGCAGACAGCUCCGUAAGGCUAUUAUAGAUCAUGUGUCAGACUCCUUUUUGGAUACGACAGUCCCACUUUUGGUUCUCAUUGAAGCUGCCAAGAACGGCCGGGAAAAGGAAAUAAAAGAAUAUGCUUCAAUAUUUCGUGAACACGCCAGCAGGCUUAUAGAGGUGGCAAAUCUUGCUUGUUCCAUGUCAACAAAUGAAGAUGGGAUUAAAAUUGUCAAAAUUGCAGCCAAUCACCUAGAAACCUUGUGUCCACAGAUCAUUAAUGCUGCACUUGCUUUGGCUGCAAGACCCAAAAGUCAAGUGGUCAAAAAAACCAUGGAAAUGUACAAGCAUACAUGGGAGAAUCAUAUCCAUGUCCUCACUGAAGCUGUAGAUGACAUUACAAGCAUUGAUGACUUCCUUGCUGUAUCUGAGAGCCAUAUCCUAGAAGAUGUCAACAAAUGUAUCAUAGCAUUGAGAGACCAGGAUGCUGAUAAUUUAGACCGUGCUGCAGGUGCUAUCAGAGGACGAGCGGCAAGAGUUGCUCACAUUGUCACAGGCGAAAUGGACAGUUAUGAGCCAGGAGCUUACACUGAAGGUGUGAUGAGAAAUGUUAACUUCCUUACAAGUACUGCAAUUCCUGAGUUUGUAACACAAGUGAAUAUUGCCUUGGAAGCCUUAAGUAAAAACGCUUUGGAUAUAUUUGAUGAUGAUCAAUUUGUGGACAUCUCAAAGAAGAUCUACGAUACAAUUCAUGAUAUCAGAUGUUCAGUCAUGAUGAUUCGAACCCCAGAGGAACUGGAGGAUGUUUCUGACUUGGAGGAAGAACAAGAGGUACGCAGUCACACCAGCAUUCAGACUGAAGGGAAAACUGACCGGGCUAAGAUGACUCAAUUGCCUGAGGCAGAAAAGGAAAAGAUUGCUGAGCAAGUGGCUGAUUUCAAGAAAGUAAAGAGUAAACUGGAUGCUGAGAUUGAGAUAUGGGAUGAUACCAGCAAUGAUAUCAUUGUUCUGGCCAAGAAGAUGUGUAUGAUUAUGAUGGAGAUGACAGACUUCACAAGGGGCAAAGGACCACUAAAGCAUACCACUGAUGUGAUCUAUGCAGCUAAAAUGAUAUCAGAAUCAGGAUCAAGGAUGGAUGUCCUUGCUCGGCAGAUUGCAAACCAGUGCCCAGAUCCAUCAUGCAAGCAAGAUUUGUUGGCCUAUCUGGAACAGAUUAAGUUUUACUCUCACCAACUGAAGAUCUGCAGUCAAGUUAAAGCUGAAAUACAGAACCUAGGAGGAGAACUCAUCAUGUCAGCCUUGGAUAGCGUCACCUCCCUGAUUCAAGCAGCCAAAAAUUUAAUGAAUGCUGUGGUGCAAACAGUGAAAAUGUCUUACAUUGCCUCAACCAAGAUCAUCCGAAUUCAGAGUCCUGCUGGGCCCCGGCACCCAGUUGUGAUGUGGAGAAUGAAGGCUCCUGCAAAAAAACCCUUGAUUAAAAGAGAGAAGCCAGAGGAAACUUGUGCAGCUGUCAGACGAGGCUCAGCAAAGAAAAAAAUCCACCCAGUGCAAGUUAUGAGUGAAUUUAGAGGAAGACAUGUCUACUGAAACCACUCUUCUCCUCUAGUGCCUAUAUUACAAAGUCCAGACUAAACACAGUGUUUUAAUUUUGCACUUAAUUCAUUUGUAAGUUCACUAACUUCUUAGAAUUUAACCCACAAAUAAUGUAAAACAUUGGAGGCAACAUAUAUUUGGGAUCAUGUCGUUGUCAUCUGUGUAUGACCAGUACCUAAUAAGUACUCAGUACAUGCUUGUUGAAUGAGUGAACCUUUUAGGGGUCAUCCAGUCUUUCCUGUCACAGAUGAUAUCUUACAUUUAUUACCAAAUGAACACUGGAGACUCAAGUGAGUCCCGUUCAUCUGUAAUAGCUUAAGUACACUCACCUUAUCAUUUUGGAUUAAAAUACUGAUGAGCUCUUGACUUAGUUUUCAAUGAAAGCAAAAGACUUCAUAAAAUAUUUCCCCUUAAUCUCUCUAUACUUUUUAAUCCUACCUAACCUAACAGACAUAUGUGAUUCUCUUGAUAUCUAGAGUUUGAAUUUUUUUUCAAUCUCUAGAUAUUUGUAUCUAUUGUCAAUUGAUUAGGCUAACACCACAAACUAACCAAGCUCAGUGGUCAAAUUCAGCCUUGAUUAUUAAUGAAGCAUUUUUGUAACAUUAUAAAUAAUACAGUGAGUUUUGAUGCCACAAAUGCACCUUUAGGCUUCCAUAGUGUUCAGCAGUUCUGUACAUUGUUAGAUUUAAAUGGUUCACCAGAAUACAUAUGGAAGAAAAGUUAUGACUCAUUGGGGGAAAUGGGAUACCUAACUAUAUGCCUGGGUGAGUUAUGAUUACAAAAAUAGAAGGAGUUCUGCAUGACUCUAAAAAUAGAUAUGUAUUAGCUUGCAAUUGUAAUUAAAUGGAAAAGGCUAGUUUGAAAAACAUUUUGGUGUUGAGUAAAAUAUAACUGCAUGAAAUGUAUCAGUGAACUAGGAACUAGAGUUAAUGGCAAUGAAACUGGAGUGAUUUUAACAACAUUAUUUAAAAUAAAAGUCAUUGAGGUAAUUUUAUAACACCAGUCAUCACACUCAUCUUUAGUUAAGUUGCUGAAGGACUUCAUAGUAGUCUUAGGGUCUAGUGCAUUGCCUCUCCCCUGCUCUCUCUGUCUCUGUCUUUGACCCUGCCCUACAUCUCCUUCUUUGGAAGAGUUGUUUCAUUUUUUCUCACACACAGAGUUACCAUUCACAAGUUUGCAAACAUGCAUUCCCUAUUCUACUUAAUCAAAAUUAUACUAUUAUUGUAACUUGACUCUGUACAACAUUGCCAUUAAUGAGUUGUUUCAACAACUAUGUCAUCUUGUUUGAUGAAGUAAAAUCCAAACAUGCAACAUCAGUUGACUCCAGGAGGAGCAGUGUGGGUAAAAGAAUGUGUGAAACAUAAGAAUGCAUAAAGUUGAGAGUAUGAUAUGUAUGGUACCUUGAGCUAAACAGUGUGGGGAAAAGAUUUAUUUAAUAGAUCAUUAUCAGUUAUGUGGAAAGUGCUAACUUUCUAUUGUUAUGAAUUAUUGUA